GAUAGAAUUGAAUUAAAUUCUCGGAUCAAGGCUCCCCGAAUUUUAACAAGAAUCAAGCAGCAAAAGACAAACUGUGUCAGAAGUCAUACAAUUGCUCGCGUGAACUCGUUUUCACCUCUAGUUUAAUUUAUAAUUCUUGAAAGAGAAAUAUCAUUUAAUUAUUUAUUAUUAUUUUCGAAUAAUUAGCUAUUCCAUGCAUAUAUCAUCUAAUGGAUCCUUAGCGCAGCACUACUCCUCUCCGGAACCCUUCGCCUCCAUCGUCGGCGGUCGAGAUGAUUGCUUGGAAGGAUUUCUACGCCGUCAUGUGCGCCAUGAUCCCGCUCUACUUCGCCAUGUUCCUCGCCUACGGUUCCGUCAAGUGGUGGAAGAUCUUCACGCCGGAGCAAUGCUCCGGCGUGAACCGCUUCGUCGCCACCUUCGCGGUUCCUGUCCUCUCCUUCCACUUCAUCGCCCAAAACAACCCUUUUCAGAUGGACUUCCGUUUUCUCCUCGCCGACACCCUCUCCAAGCUCUUCGUCCUCUUCCUCCUCUUUCUCUGGGCCUCCUUCUCCGCCGCCGCUUGCAGCUCCAGUCGCCGCCGCCUUGACUGGGUCAUCACCUUGUUCUCCGUUGGCACGCUGCCUAAUACUCUCGUCAUGGGCAUUCCUCUCCUCCGCGCCAUGUACGGGGAUUUUACGCAGAGCCUCAUGGUGCAGCUAGUCGUGCUCCAGUGCAUAAUUUGGUACACGCUCUUGCUAUUCCUCUUCGAAUACCGCGCGGCGACGCUGAUGAUCCAAGACCAGUUCCCAGGCGCGGGGGCGGCGGCGAUAACCAAGUUUGAGAUCGACGGCGACAUUAUCUCCCUGGACGGGCGCGAUCCGCUCCAGGCCGAGUCGGAGAUCGACGCGGAGGGGCGCAUUCGCGUCCGUAUUCGGCGCUCCACCUCAUCGGCUCCGGGUUCUGCCAUCUCCUCCUCCCUCGGCAUCACGCCCCGCCGCCUGUCCAACAUCUCCGGAGCGGAGAUUUACUCGGUCAACACGCCGGUGCGACCGGCUCCGCCGGCAGAGCAGCAACUCACAGUGCGGGACAUCACAUUCGGCUACCGCUCUGCCAGCCCUUACCCCUCGGGCUACGCCUCCUCAGACGCGUACUCCCUCCAGCCCACGCCGCGGGCCUCCAACUUUAACGAAACCGAAGUCGUCGGCACGCCGGCGUGGGCACGCUCGCCGGCGUGCAGGCCAACCUGGAACCAGUCCCCAGCGCCUUCGUUGGUGUGGCCCGAUGGCGGACAAGGAGACAAGGAUGUUGGAGAGGAAAAGGAUUUGAGCUUCAGGAGCACUGCGAAGUUUGUGGAGCGCAAAGAAGACGAGCAAAUGGCCAUCGAAUACGACCAAGAUCAAGAGAUGCCCGCCACUCGGGUCAUGGUGAGGCUCAUUCUUACCAUGGUCGGCCGCAAACUCUCCCGCAAUCCCAACACUUACUCCAGCGUUUUGGGCCUCCUCUGGUCGCUCAUCUCAUUCAAAUGGAAUUUAGACAUGCCAAUUCUGGUGAAGGAAUCCAUCAAGAUAAUCUCAGACGCAGGGCUGGGGAUGGCCAUGUUUAGUCUAGGGCUGUUCAUGGCGCUGCAGCCAAGGAUCAUCGCCUGUGGACCAAAGAUGGCAGCCAUUAGCAUGUCCAUCCGCUUUCUUAGUGGGCCCAUGGUGAUGUCAGCGGCCUCCAUGGCAGUGAAGCUGAGAGGAGUAAAACUUCAUACGGCCAUCGUCCAGGCAGCUCUUCCUCAAGGAAUCGUGCCGUUUGUGUUCGCGAGGGAGUAUGGUCUUCACCCUGACAUCCUGAGCACCGGAGUGAUCUUCGGCAUGCUCGUGUCUUUGCCCGUCACCCUCCUCUACUACGUCCUCUUGGGCCUGUAACAGAGGAUCAUCUACCCGUCCAAUGUGCUAUCUAUCUAUCUAUCCUAUUUAUCUAUCAUUCGUGUCCCCACGCUGCUCUGCUCCACCUCAAUGCCUCUUGAUCAGGCGUGAAUUGGGUUUCAGAUUCCACACAUCAUUGAGUCUAUAUGAAGCAUCAAUUACAUUCCGAGUUCGUCUCCUGAUUGAACUGCGCAUGGCGAAAAGGUGCCCCUACAAAGUUUAGUGGUAGCCAAAAGAAGGAAGGAGAAUCGAGUAGAGAGGUUUAUAUGUUUGUGAUGGUGUGUGAUAUGAUUAGGGUUUGUAGCUAGGGAUGGUCCUGUGGGUGGUUGACCAGAGAGGAGUCAUGAUGCCAUGAGACUCUUGAAUGAAGAAACUCUUAUGCCUUUUGGCUUACAA